AUGAACAAUAAUAAUAAUAAAAUAAAAAUAGAAAAAGAAAUAAUAAAUGAACUUUGCAUAAAAGAAAAUUCAUUUUAUUUAAAAAAUAUAUUAAAAUUAAUAAACUACAAAUAUUAUAAUAAUAAUAAUUUAACAGAAUUACAGAGAGUUCAAUUAAAUAAUAUUAUAUUAAAUAUAAAAUCACCAUAUAGAUUAAUAAAACAAGAAUAUUUUAAUAUUUCAGUUGAAGAGAUUGAAAAAAAUGUUGACUUAUUUAAUGAUUUAAAUGAUCAUAUUGAUUAUAUUGAAAAAGUUGCAACCCAUUUCUUAAAUAAUAUUGAUUUGAUUCAUAUAUUUAAUAAUUUAUUAGAUGGUUAUUAUAAUUUUGAAAAAGAAUUAAUUAAAAGAAUUUUUACAAGAAAUGAAAAUAAUAAUAAUAAUAAAAAUAAAAAUGGUGAUAUAUUUUGUGAUAUUGUAUCAAAUUCUUUAUUAUUAUUUGAAGAUUUAAAAUAUAGAGAACUUUCAAUUUCAAAUUUAAAUAAAUUAUCUACAAUAAAAGAAAAUAUAAAUUAUUUUUCAUUUAUUGGAAAUAGUGAUAACUCAAAUCUAGAAAAUAAAAAAAAUCAAUAUUAUUAUAAUUGUAAAUUUGAAAAUUCAGAAUAUUCAUUAAAACCGGCUCAUCAAAAUGCGACUUACCAAUUUUAUAAUAAUUUAUUUCCAAAUAAAAAUGAAUUAAUAUCUCCAACUCAAUUAAUAAUUGGUUUUAAUUUAUUAAAUCCAAAUAAUAAUAAUAAUAAUAAUAAUAAUAAUAAUAAUAAUAAUAAAAAUAAUUCAAAUAAUAAUAAUAAUAAUUUAAAUAAAAAAAAUGAAAUAUUAUCAUUAUUUACAAUUAAAAAAUCAAAAGAGAAACAAGAGAAUUUUCAAAAUAUUAAAAAAUUAAUUUUUCAUAAACCUGAAAUUAUUGAUAAAAUUGAUAUUGAAAGUUAUAGUGCACAUUUUAUAAGUAGUUUAUUAUUUUUCCAAAAUGAUUAUGAAAUUAAUUGUUCAGAUUUUACAAUUAGAGUUUGUAGUAAUAAUAAUAAUGAUGAUAAUAAUUUUCAUUCAAUUGAAAGGGAUGAAUUAUUUACAAUGACAAAUAAAGAAUGUAAACAAAUUAAUAUUCAAAUUAGAACUUCAAAUAUUUUAUAUACUCUUUCAAAUUUAAUGUCAAAACCAAUUCAUCAAUCAAUUGUAAAUUUUAUUCUCUCACAAAAUCCAAAUAUUUUCAUAAUGAAUUGGUUAGUUUCAUUAUAUAAUAAACAACAAUCAAUAUAUCAAAAAAUGUAUACUGAAUCAAUGAAAAUAAUAACUGAUUUAUCUUCUAUAAAUAACAAUAAUAAUAAUAAUAAUAAUAAUAAUAAUAAAAAUAAUAAUAAUAAUAAUAAAAAUAAUAAUAAUAAUAAUCAUAUUAUAAAUAAUAAUAAUAUUGGUAUAUUAAAUCAAUUAUUUUUAAAUUUUGAUGAAGGUUUAAUAAAAGAAAUGUUAGAUAGAUUUAAAAAAAUUCAAAAAAUUUUAAAAAGAUCUUUAAAUAAUAAUAAUAAUAACAGUGAUAAUAAUGAUAAUAGUAAUAGUGAAAAAAAAUUAAUUACACAUUAUGAUUUAUUAAAGAAAAUAAAACCAGUUACUUAUUAUUAUUAUAUGGCAUUAUCAUAUGAAUAUAUUGAUCCAUAUAAUAAUAUAUAUAAACAUGAUUAUAUUGAUUUAUUAAGAAGGAAUCCUCCAAAAGAUAUUAGAAAAUUUAAUAAAUUAUUAUUAUCACAAGAUUAUAGGGAAGGAAAUAUUCAACAUAAUAAAAUCUCUUUAAAAGAAGCAAUUCAAGAAUUAAUUUUAAAUUCACCUGUUAAAGAUUUUACAAUUAAAAAUCAACAACAACUACUACAACAACAAAAUUCAGAAUCAUUCAUUAAAAAAUGGAAAUUAAUGAUUGAAUCUUUAAAUUUAACAGACUUUAAAUAUCAUCAAUCUUGGUUAAGCCAAUCAAUUUAA